AUGUCCGAGCCUUACGACCCAUAUAUUCCGACGGAAUCGUCGACUCCAGGUCGUGUAGGCAAUGCCGAGGCAGGAUCGACUCCCAAUGUGAAGACAGCUGCAAUUCAGCAGCAAAUUGAUGACACGGUGGGCAUUAUGAGAGAGAACAUCUCGAAGGUGUCUGAGCGCGGUGAACGCCUCGAUUCCUUACAAGACAAAACAGACAAUUUGGCUGUAAGUGCUCAAGGCUUUCGUCGCGGUGCCAAUCGCGUCCGCAAGAAGAUGUGGUGGAAGGAUAUGCGAAUGCGUUUAUGUAUCAUCAUUGGUAUCAUUAUUUUACUAGUCGUUAUUAUUGUUCCCAUUGCAACAAAGUUUCACGGAAAGUAA